UUGGUGUCUGUGACCCGGAUCCGAUAUUUUCGGGUAAUCUAAAAAUUCGCUUUUUAUCUUCUUCCUGGGUUCUUCGUCUUCACCCUUUUUGGUUUCUCGGGAAGAUUCUUCCCUUUUCUCUCUCUCUCUCUCUCUCUCUCUCUCUCUCUCUCAGAGAACAACAAAAAAAAUCAGAAAAACAAAAAAAAGGGAAUUGCCCUUUAUCAUGCUUCCUCGUUUCAGGAACUAAAUAAAAUUAUAGAAAAAUGGGUGGAUGUGUGUCAACCCAUUCGAGAGCCAUUAGGGCUCGGAGGAAAGGUCGUCGCAGAUCUUCAAAACACUUUUCUAAAGUGUCUGAUAUUGUUCCUCAUGCAAAUGUAAGAAGGCCCAGUGACGUUGGGAGCCGAGUUUCUUUUGCUCUCUCGCAAGAUGAUGCAUGGUUUGACUCUGUCAGUGUUCUUGAUUCGGAUGAGGAUGAGGACUUCAACAGCCUACCUGAAGAAAACGCACCAUCAGCACCACCAUCUGUGGGUGGUGCAACGGGUAAUAUCCCAAAUGGUCAGGUAGUUCAAUUCGAAACUUCGUCGUGCAUUGUGGAUGGGAAGGGAAAGUACGAAGAAUACCAUGAGACUUACUUGAAGAUAGAUGGGAGUAAGGCCGAGAAGUUUGUGAGCAAAGGGAUGUACAAGGAUCCUAGUGGUCUCUCUGUCCUCACUGGAAACAACAAGAAGAAAAAUUUAAUGGAUCAUGCAAGCUUUAAAGGCUUGAAGGAACAGAAACGGAACUCUCAAGAGAAAACCCUGAGAACCAGCCUGAGCCGUUUGAUGCCGACAGUUAGUUUUAAUGACAAGACUCUAAACUCGCCCACAUCUCAGAAACGAAAAUCCGCUGUUUAUCGGCUUUCAUUCAAGAGGAGAUCGUGCGAUGGUGAGGAAGUUACUGAGCAUCGUAAGUUGUUGUAUCGUCCGAAAGCGGGAUUCACUGUUCCUUCCUCAGCCAAGGAGAAGCAGUCCAGCGGUAGUUGGUGCGAGAUUCCGCCUUCAACUUUUAAACUCCGUGGAGAGACCUAUUUCAAAGACAAGAAGAAAUCCCCCGCUCCAAAUCAGUGUCCGUACACUCCUAUUGGUGUUGACUUGUUUGUCUGUCCAAGGAAGAUUGAUCAUAUCGCUCAACACAUAGAGCUUCCAAACAUCAAAUCCGAGGCAAAGCUUCCUGCUCUUCUCAUUGUCAACAUUCAGUUACCAACAUAUCCUGCUGCAAUGUUCCUUGGAGACAGUGAUGGAGAAGGCAUGAGCAUUGUACUCUACUUUAAAUUACAAGAUAAUUACGAAAAAGAAACCUCUCAACAAUAUCAGGAGAGCAUCAAGAAACUUGUCAAUGAUGAGAUGGAGAAGGUAAAAGGGUUUGCUAAAGACAGCAAUGUUGCUUUCCGUGAAAGGCUUAAGAUAGUUGCUGGACUAGUUAACCCUGAAGAUCUAGCUCUAAGCUCGACUGAAAAGAAGCUUGUUCAGGCUUACAAUGAAAAACCCGUCCUCUCUCGUCCUCAGCACAACUUCUUUAAGGGUCCAAAGUACUUUGAGAUUGAUCUGGAUGUUCAUCGAUUCAGCUACAUAUCGAGGAAAGGACUUGAAGCAUUCAGAGAUCGAUUGAAAAACGGAACUCUUGAUCUCGGGUUAACCAUUCAGGCUCAAAAGCCAGAGGAGCUGCCGGAACAAGUGUUAUGCUGUAUGAGGUUGAGCAAGAUUGACUUUGUUGACCAUGGUCAGAUCCCUAUGCUUUUAAUCCCGGAGGAUGGGGAAACUCAAGUGUAAAAACCUCAUCAUCUAUCCUCAACCUUUGGAUGAAUAAACCAAUCUGGAAGACAAAAAGCAAACCAAAAAGUUUCCAACUCGGACAUUUAUUCAUCAAAAAUGUUGUAUAUUUAUGUACAUCUAUCUAAAUAUAUAUAUUUUUAUUAAAACUUAUAUAACGGUCAUAAAAUGCAAAACUCAUGAAGUCAUCUUCUUGAGUUUGCCCUUUGUUGUAACUUUUCACUUUGUUACCUCAACUUAUGUUAUGUGUUAUUUUAUGUAAUGUGCUGAAAUUUCAUUUGUGCCCA